AUGAAAUCCAAAUGCGUCAUAUGCAUUCUAGUUCUUUUCCUCUGUUUUUUUUCUCUCUCGAACUUCGUUUGUAUCAAGUUCAUUUCGAGAAUAAAAUACCUAGAUAAAUUUCGUCGAGAAAAGGACCGAACGAAAGGAAGAAUAUACCGAGAAUUUCUUCCAUCUGCUGGUGUGAAUAAUAAAAGACACGUCGUACGUCGAAUAAUGGAUACGUUUAUAUUUGAUUUCAAUACUGAUUCGACAUUAACAAAUGAUACCAAUAGUACACAUAGUGAUUUAGAUUGGACAGCUUUUCAAUCAGCACCGCCGCCAACAACGAAUAGUCCAUUUUCACCAUUAUGGUCAUCACAACAAGAUGAUGCUGUCGCACCCAAUAAUCGAUCAACUCUUGUAGCUACUCCACAUGAUGAUGAAAUUUAUUUUGAAAUGGAACAUUUUUUUAAUGGUUUAAAUCAACAAGAACAAUUACCACCGAUUCAACCACAACAGCAGCAACAACACCACCAAGGAAUUAUCGAACCCAUUCAUGUUAAUAUAAAUGUACCUGACCAAAUAGAAUCACCUUCUCGAACACAUUUAUCAUUAGUUAUCAAUGAACAACCAAUGUCUUGUUUAUCAACGCCAAUGGUGCCACGUGUAUCGUCAGCUCGUUCACAAUGUUAUCAUAAAUUGCCUGAUCAUGCGGUUAAAUUAAUGCAAGAGUGGUAUAAUGCCAAUUUGGAUGAUCCAUAUCCACGUUCACCAGAUAAAAAACGCUUUAUUACCGAAGGCAAUAUAACUGCUCAACAAUGUCGUUCUUGGUUUGCUAAUCGACGUCAGCGACUCAAACAUGUCAAGAGAAAUCAAUCAAAAUCGUCAUUAUCUGCAUCAUCAUCAUCAUCAUCAUCGUCACGUGUACAUCAUUCCAUUCAAACAAGAUUCUCGGAACUUCCACCUGCCGAAGCACAAAUGCUCGCUCACGAACAUUGCUAUUAUUGUCAACAACAACAACAACAACAGCAGCAACAACAAAUAACAUUAUCGCCAUCGCCGAUUCCAUUGACAAUUCCAACAAAUCCGACAACAUCAACAACAACUACUACAACAUUAAAUGUCGUUAUCAAUCAACAAACAGUGGAACAACUUAUUCAUAAUAGCCUUCCACAUGAAAACAAAUCCUAG